ACUUCAUUCAUGGCUCAGAACAUGCAUUAUCUAACACUACUUAUAUAAUAUACACGUUUAGUAUUAGAACAAUGUAUUUAUUUUAUACAUAUUUUGUUUAUAUUUAGUGUAAUUUAUUAAAUAUUAUUCAUAAAAUGACCAAAAGUGUGGCCAUUAUUGGCGCCGGUAUUGCUGGUCUGACUGCAGCACAAAAAUUACACGAAAACAGUUUCAAUGAAAUUACAAUUUUUGAAGCGUUGGACAGAAUCGGCGGACGUAUUCAUACCAUCCCUUUUGAAUGGUGUACUAGAAUUGGGCGCCCAAUGGCUUCACGGACAACACGGAAACCCCCUCUACUAUAUGGCCAAAGAACGAGACCUUAUCUCAAAUCCAAGAGUGGAUUACGGUAUGGAAGGAACCGGAAUAUUCUGUACGGAUUUGGGACAACUGCUCAAUACUGACGAUAUAAAUAAAGUUAUUUCUUAUUUACACCGAAUUAAAGACGAAAUGAGUGACGAGUCGUUAAAUUCAGAUGAAUUAGUUUCUGCACAACAAAUAUUCAGAAUUAAUUUCGAAAAAUACAUUCAAUCGGAAGAAUGUCCGCCAAUUGAGAGCCAGUUAUUGUGGUCUCUAUUCAAUUGGUACAUCAAAUUUGAAGUAAUAGACAACUCUUGCAAUGAUUUAAACGACAUAUCAUUGCUAUCGUACACACAAUACAGCGAAUGCCAUGGAAUUGAUUUAAUCAACUUCAAAGACGGAUAUCAAACAAUCAUUGAUUCCAUGAUCAAUGAUAUUCCUCGAGAUGUGAUUCGUCUGAAAACUGCGAUCAAACGGAUAGAGAUCUGCGACAAGACUUUUCGCGUCAAACUUUACGUCGAAGAAGGAAAGCGGAAACGAAUUGAGAUUUUUGAUCAUUUGAUAAUCACGUCAUCCAUUGGUUAUAUGAGGAAAAAUUUGGACACAUUUUUUGGUUUUGUUUUACCGCAGAAUAAGAUUAAUAUAAUAAGAACUCUUGGCUUCGGAACCAUUGAUAAAAUCUAUUUAUAUUUUCAAAAUCCUUUCUGGAAGAGCGAAGACCAGGGCUUUCAACUGAUUUGGACGCAACACAACCAUAACCUCCCGGUUUGGGUGUACGACAUGACUGGCUUUGAUUUGGUUCGGGGACAGUCACACGUGUUGGUCGCGUGGAUUGGCGGCAAUGGCGCACAACUCAUGGAAGACGUCCAAAGCGAUGAUAUUGUGGGCAAUAUUUGUGCCCAAGUAUUAAGACUUUUCUUACGAGACGUGACAAUAGAGAACCCAUCGAAAGUGAUUCGCUCGAAAUGGGCUAACAAUCACUACAUUUGCGGCGCUUAUAGUAAUCGAUCGCUUAAUUAUCAGCGACUCAACUGCGAUAUCGACCAGUUGUCCGAACCUAUAGUGAAGACAAAACACAGUAAUUAUCACAACAAAUGCGUGGACUGUCCUCUGAUUCUGUUUGGCGGUGAGGCCACAGACAGACAAUUCUACUCAACAACUCACGGAGCCAUGAGAUCCGGUCAACGAGAAGCUCAACGACUCAUUGAUUUCUACCAAACCGUGAAUUUAAAACCAAAAUUAUAGUCAAACUUAUUGUUGAUAUUUUUAUUAAUGACAAAAAUAAACAAUUUUUCAUAUUUUA